GGUCCGUCUUGUUCCUCAGACCAAUCGAGCCGAGCGGAGCCGACCCGAUCCGGUCAAAAUCCAGACGACUGACUGCUUCCUCCUUCGGCCCUCCCGCCCCGAUCCCCCGCCAUGGUGUGCGUGGCGUGCCUGAUCCCGCUCUUCCUCAUCCCCUUCGUCAACGCGCUCCCCUACCUCUUCGACCUCCUCCUCAGCAAGGUUUAUCGCAUGCUCGGAUGGGAGUACAGGAGGCCUGAGCGAGUCCCGGCUGCCUGCCCGUUCAAGCCUGCAGCAAGCAAGACUGAAGGUGCAGCAGGCGAAUCAACGCCUCUUGUUAAUCCCCAUGUCAUAAGCGAAUCGAAAGCUCCGGUGGAACCAGAGAGUGCCGCGGCUGAAGGGAAGAAAGACGAUUAACACACGCGUUGUGUUUAUAUAAUCAAAAUUGCAACUAAGAAAUAAUCAAUGUAAGAAUGUAUACUUGGAGCAGUAGAUGUUGAAUGUAACAAUGGUGUUUCUCACGGUUCCCCUGGUUUUGUGUGCAUGUGUGUUUUGUAGUACUAUGUGCCUUGAUCUACAUGUACUCUACUAAUUGUUUGUGUAAUAUUUCCCGUGAAUUGCAUAUGUGUAACUAGGAUGAUGAGAGAAUGAGAGAUGAUCCUAUUGCGUAA